AAAUUCACACGGAAAGGAACCGGCCACUGGACUCGGCCCUCACAUCAAUAAUUUCCCGCCAUAAUCUCAAUCGCCUAAAAUUUUCCCGCCUAAUCUCCAUGUCCUAACAAUUUUCAACAGGGCAACCACAAGCCCUAAAUCUAAUACUCACCGUUUAACACACACCUAACUAUCAUACUUCUGUCACUCCCCGUUGACCCCAAUUCCGGCCAUCGUAACCGCCACGUCCAGGAAGCACCACUGUUGAUAAAAGUUAAAUCUCUCGCUGUCACCGCCGACCUCCCGUACCCCACCAUCACCAUCAUCCACUUCCUCCCGAUUUUUCUUUCUUUUCAUCGCUCAGAGACGCUUUGACCAUUGUAUCUACAGGUUUCUAUACUUUUUGAGCAUCGAACAAAAGGUGUAGACCAGAUGGUGGAAAUUGAUAAUGGAAGGGAUGACAUGUUGAUCGAUGGCCAAAGGCUGGGAAAUGCUGCCACAGAUGGAUUUAAUGCUAACUAUCUUAAACUUUACUAUGGAAAACUUUUCCCCCAUGCUGACAUUUUCAAAUGGCUUUCAUAUGCAAAUGAUGGGAAGCAUCCUGCCUGUGACAAGUCCUACUUUGGUCGAAGAGAGUUUUCUUUCACACUCGAUAAUGACAUUUAUCUGCGGUUCCAGUCUUUCAGCAAUGAGUCUGAACUGGAGAAUUCCAUAAAAGAAAAAUGUCCAUUUAAAAUAGACAUUGGUCCUGUUUACAGUGUGGAUCCUGCUAAGAGGCAUGCCUAUUCCCAAAGUGGGAAUAAUGUUUUCACUCCAGUGGAGAGGGAGCUAAUUUUUGAUAUUGAUAUAUCAGAUUAUGAUAAUGUCAGAUAUUGCUGCUCAGGAGCUGAUGUUUGCUUGGACUGCUGGCCUCUAAUGACUGUUGCUAUUAAAGUAAUUGACAUUUCACUCAGAGAUGACUUUGGUUUCAAUCACAUUCUCUGGGUUUUUAGCGGUCGACGUGGUGUCCAUUGCUGGGUUUGUGAUGGAAAAGCAAGAAGGUUGACCAAUGAACAGAGGACAGCUAUCGCUGAUUAUUUCCGAGUUUACAAGGGCAAUGAAAAUAGUAGUAAGGGGGUUUCUUUGACUGGUCAUGCUCUUCAUCCUUUCCUUGUGAGAUCUUAUACUGAAGUUCUCAAGGACUUCUUUGAGACAAAAUUGCUUUCCAGUCAAAAUCUAUUUUCAACUCAAGAGAGAUAUGAGAAGAUAUUGGAGAUGAUUCCAGAUGAAUCUGUUACUUCUGAGAUUCGGGGAAAGUGGGAAAGUAGUAAGCGAUCCUCCAUUUCAAAAGAAGACAUUAAUGUUGUUCGAUGGGAGCAGCUAAAGCAUACAUUACAAUCUGGACAAAAGAAGGCACAAGGACUUCGUAGAUGUGUUGAAGAGAUUGUGUUCUCUUUUACUUAUCCUAGGAUUGAUAUGGAGGUGUCAAAACACAUGAACCAUUUGCUGAAGGCACCAUUCUGUGUUCAUCCAAAAACAGGACGUGUUUGUGUACCUAUUGACCCAAAACAUUGUGAAGAAUUUGAUCCUACUUUGGUACCAACACUUUCCCAGCUCUUGGAAGAACUUAACAUUGGAGGACUAAGAGCAGAUGAUGAUAAUGAAUGUGAUAGAACCUCACUAGGAAAAUCACUCAGCUUUUUCAGAUCAUCAUUCUUGCGACCUCUUCUUAAAUCUUGCAAGGAAGAGAUGGAGAGUUUACAUAAUGCGAAACUGCAGCAGUCAAAAAAUUCAUUGAGUUGGUAAUGUUUUCCCCAAUCAGUUCGUCUUUUCAUGAGAAGGUUCUGUUGCAGUUUGCUCUUAGACGUGCUCGACAAUACCAAACAGUAUAUAUAAUGAUGUCGCAGUGUAACUUAACUUAUGGAUGUCUUGCUCUCUGCUUUUCUAUAUAAUCAUUAGCGUCCCAAGCAGAUCAUUUAGAUGCUUGUUUUGCUCUUCUGUCAACUUAACAAAGCAUACGAUAAUUUUAUGUUGACCCUGAUGAAGCUAUUAGAUGAAUGAGAAUAGAGAAAUAUUCCAAGUGCA